CCAAAACUUUGGAAUCCCUGCGAGACUUUUCUCCGGCCUCAGUGAAGUGGCCAAUGAAGGGGAAUGGCACCAAUGGAGCUGCAGCUCGUGCUUUCCGAUCUCUUGAUCUCUCUCCUAUGGGUUUGGUCUGGUUCUAUCCUUCGCUACUUUGCCUACACCUUCCUCGGACUAGGGAUGCACACCGGGAUCGGCCUUCUCAAGCUUAUUCUCGCUGUUCUGUAUGUCUCCUUCUUCUCUUGGCUCGGCAAGGCCACCAAUGGUGGAGCUUACAACCCUCUCAUGGUUCUCUGUCAUGCUAUUUCUGGCAGUUUUGCUGGGUUUCUAUUCGUCAUUUUUGGGAGGAUACCUGCUCAGGUCGUUGGAUCCACUAUUGGGGUUGGGUUAACUAAAAUCACCUUUCCAGAAGCAUACUAUGGCCCUCGCUUGAAUGUUGAUAUUCAUCAGGGAGCAUUAAUGGAAGGAUUUCUUACACUAUUGAUUGUGAUUCUCUCAUUGGGAAUAAAGAAAAUAAAUCCUGAGAAUUUGGUUUUAAGAACAUGGAUUUCAAGCUUGUCCAAAGUAAUACUUCAUUUUCUAGGUUCAGAUAUAACUGGUGGAAUCAUGAACCCAGCUACAGCAUUUGGUUGGGCUUAUGUUCAAGGGGACCAUAUGACCAAGGAGCAUUUGCUUGUUUACUGGCUCGCACCAGUUGAGGGCGCUUUGUUAGGAGUAUGGGUGUGUAGUUUGUUUGUUGACCUUAAGAAGCACAAGGAACAUCAUCAAACUGGUUACAAGUUUAAAUCAGAGUGAGAAUGGCAAGGUACGAGGGUUUCAUUGUUUGUGUGAACUACCACAGCUGACUUCUGCGGGAAGUAUAGCCCGAAGUGUUCUCGCUCGGGCAGUGAUCAGAAAGUAGGUGGCGGAUACUUUUCUAGAUCUCUGAGCAUGUACAUAAGCACACCAAAUAACCAGGCUUAAUUCUCAAGCCAUCAAAGAUGAGAUCUCAUGGAAAGACUAGCUAUAUCAUCUUUGAUGUAUAUGAUCUUGUUACUUUGUAAUGUAAGUAAUUUAAUUUAUCAGCACUGCCUGGGAGAAAUGUCCUCGUGGUAAAAACAUGAAA